GGAACGUCUGUUCUUGUUUUUAUACUGCUCUUCCACUACAAUUGACGACUUAAGUGCUGAACACAUAGACGACGGCAAGCGACGAGCGACAUCUGUCAAAUAUUAAAAUACAAGCGUUCUUAAGGGCACAGCUUUUUAGACAACAGCACGACUUUGCCACAAAAAGGUUGAAGUCUCCGCUGUCGCCAAAUUAGAAAUGUUUCUAAUUUUGCCAACGACAAUGGCCGCUGUAGAGCUGUCACUAAUAUGUGAAUUGUAAAAUUAUUCAAAGUUCUAACAAGUAUGACGUUAUUUUGUCAGCAGAAGCGUAAAAUAGCUUUGAUAUAUCAUUUAUAAUAACAAUCGAUUAUUUAAAACAAAUAAAUCGACCUAUUUUUACUUUUUUUUUGUACAAAUAAUUUCAUUUUAAACUAAAUAUGUAAAUUUUAUUGCAGUGAAAGGCUUCAGUAAGGCAACACGACGUAGCGACGGCUGUUCACAAAUGUCGCUUUGAAGCCAGCGUCUUGAACAUUUUGAAGACGGCAGCGACAUAUCAAACAGUAAUUUCAUUGUUGCACUAACAUCUUUCACUUCAAUAAAAUUUACAUAUUUAGUUUAAAGUGAAAUUAUUUACGCAAAAAAUGUAAACAUUGUCGAUUUAUUUGUUUUAAAUAAUCGAUUGUUAUUAUAAAUGAUAUAUCAAAGCUAUUUUACGUUUCUACUGGCAAAAUGACGUCAUACUUCUGAGAACUUUGAAUAAUUUUACAUUUCACAUGUUAGUGGCAGCUCUACAGCGGCCAUUGUCGUCGGCAAAAUUAGAAACAUUUCUAAUUUGGCGACAGCGAAGACUUCAACCCUUUUGUCGAGAAGUCGUGCUGUUGUCAAAAAAUCUGUGCCCUUAAGAACGCGUGUAUUUUAAUAUUUGACAGAUGUCGCUCGUCGCUUGUCGUCUUCUAUGUGUUCAGCACUUCAUUCUUGAGAACAAGCGAAAACAAAUCAGUUGCUGUCUGAAUUUUGAACAAGCAACACGUUACUCCAGGGAUAAAGGUACAAACCCAAUGCUGGCUGGCUUUGCUGGCUUUGCUGUGGGAACUGUCAAAACUGAAUAGAACUAUACUACAGCACAUGAAAAGAGACCAAAUGCAGCUUUGCUUCAAGCGCUUGAAGUUUCAAAUAGCUCUAUGUUCUAUUUUCCAGCGCUUUUGUCGCUUUUGACAUAUAAUAUUUUAACCAAGGAUGCCAGUCGGUAUCUUUUUUCUACAUUGGCGCAUCAUUUUUUAUCACAUUUGUGUAUUUUAGCCUUUUACGAAACUUUUAAAUAUUUAACAUACAUGUACAUAUAUAAUAAUAAUAAAACGUUUGACAAAAAAUUUGUUCAAAUGAAAUUUAAAAAUAUAAUUAAAAUAUUUUUUUCAACGUUUUGGUCCGUAAGAUAUUAAGUGGCAAUCGUGAUUGUGACAUCUCUGUCUUUUGGUUUGUUUGAAUGAAAAUUGCGCAGUUUAAAAAUGUUUUGUAGUUGGACAGAUAUUUUCAAAUUAAAAAUGUUCGAAGAAAUGCUUAUUAGCGAAAUAGAAAAAAAUAAAUGCAUCUGGGAUAAAACUCAGUUGUGUUACCGGGACAAAAACAAAAAAGACCAAGCUUGGCGAGAUGUUUGUGCUGUUGUCGGAGAGUCGGAGGCUGACUGUCGCAAAAGGUGGAAGUCUUUGCGUGACCGAUUCGCCAUAGAAUUAAAAUUGCAGCACCAGCCCAGUGGAAGUGCUACUGCUUUUAAGAAGAACUGGCCAUAUUUCGACCUCUUAGUAUUUUUGAAAAAAACUGUCGCACCUAGAAACACAACAACCAAUGUUAUUAGUGAAACCGAAAUAGAAUCAUCAUUUAGUUUUGACAUCAACGAAAGUGGGGAAAUCAUUUUGGAUAAUGAAGAAGAAAAUGCAGUGCCAGUUCCACCUAAGAGGAAGAAGAAAAAAGAAGACCUGGACUACAAUUUAAAUUCGUUGGCUGAAAAUGUUAACGAUUUUUUGAAAACACAAAAGCCUCAUGAUAAUAUCUUGGGUGCCAUUGGCGACAUUUUCGAAAAAGUGCCUGAACAUCAACAGUUGACAUUUAAAUUUGAUGUUCUGCAAUAUGUUCACCAAAAAUUUAAAUAUUUAAAUGUAAAUUAAUAAAACUAAUGAUUA